UUUUUGCAAGAGUGUCUUGGCUUUCCAUGCCUGAAAUACUCUCAUGGGCUUUUCAGCCAGAUCUGAAUGCCUUUAGGGCUGAUUCUGAGGCCAGAGUGCUGUUUAGGACAUCUGCCAUUCUAUGAGUCUGCUGUGUAUCUCGCUUCCCAUGUUGGAUCGCUCUCCCCUUUAUUCUGUUGGUUAGUAUUAGCAGGCACUAGACUUGUUCAUGUGAUUCCUUUGACUCUUAGUCCUUUCAUUAUGAUCAAUUGUGAACUGAAAUUUAUCACUGGGACUAGUGAGAUGGCAUUGGUACAUGCCACCUUGAUGGGAUUGAAUUGGAAUCCCCUGUUAUGUUUCUAACUCUACCGUUUGGGGCAAGUCAGCUUGAGCAUGUCCUGAAUUGCACAUCUCUUCCCUCUCUUAUUCCCACUCUUAUAUUCAUAUGGAGACACAAGAGACCUUGAAUAGCUAAAGCAAUCUUGUACAACAAAAACAAAGCUGGAGGCAUCACAAUACCAGAUUUCAGGACAUAUUACAGGGCGGUUGUAAUCAAAACAGCAUGGUACUAGUACAGAAACAGAUGGAUAGACCAAUGGAACAGAAUUGAAACACCAGAAAUCAACCAAAACAUCUACAGCCAAUGUAUAUUUGAUCAAGGAUCCAAAACCAUUUCCUGGAGUAAGGACAGUCUAUUCAAUAAAUGGUGCUCAUGCUUCUGCACGUGGAAAUCCAAUUUUCCCAGCACCAUUUAUUGAACAGGAAAUGGUAUGCCCUGUAGUAUGUCCUGAAAUCUGGUAUUGUGAUGCCUCCGGCUUUGUUUUUGUUGUACAAGAUUGCUUUAGCUAUUUGAGGUCUCCUGCAUCUGCAUAUGAAUUUCAGCAUCACUUUUUCCAGAUCUGAGAAGAAUGUCUUCGGUAUCUUGAUCGGGAUUGCAUUGAAUCUAUAAAUUGCUUUUGGGAGAAUGGACAUUUUGAUGAUAUUGAUUCUUCCAAUCCAUGAGCAUGGAAGAUUUUUCCAUUUUUUGGUAUCCUCUUCUAUUUCUUUCUUUAAGGUUUUGUAGUUUUCAUCGUAGAGAUCUUGAACGUCCUUGGUUAAGUUUAUUGCAAGGUAUUUGAUUGUUUUUGUAGCUAUUGUGAAUGGGAUUGAUCUUAGACGUUCUUCUUCAGCCAUGGCAUUGUCUGUGUAUACAAAGGCUGUUGAUUUUUGGGCAUUGAUUUUAUAUCUUGCUACUUUGCAAAACUCUUCUAUGAGUUUCAAUAGUCUCUUAGUAGAGUUCUUUGGGUCCCCUAAAGAAUCAUGUCAUCUGCAAAGAGGGAUAGUUUGAGUUCUUCCUUCCCAAUUUGUAUCCCUUUAAUUUCUUUUUCUUGCCUAAUAGCUCUGGCUAGAACCUCCAGAACUAUAUUGAAUAGCAGUGGUGAGAGUGGGCAUCCCUGUCUGGUUCCAGAUCUCAGUGGAAAUGCUUCCAACUUUUCCCCAUUCAAUAGGAUGUUGGCCCUGGGUUUUUCAUAAAUUGCUUUGAUUAUAUUGAGGAAUGUUCCUUCUAUACCCAAUUUGCUUAGAGUUUUCAUCAUGAAAAGGUUUUGUAUUUUGUCAAAUGCUUUCUCUGCAUCUAUUGAAAUAAUCAUAUGGUUUUUGUUCUGCAGUCUGUUAAUGUGGUGUAUCACAUUGAUUGUCUUGCACACAUUAAACCAUCCCUGCAUACCAGGGAUAAAUUCCAUUGGUUUGGGUGGAUGAUCUUUCUGAUGUUUUGUUGCAUUCUAUUGGCGAGAAUUUUAUUGAGGAUUUUUACAUCUAUGUUCAUCAGGGAUAUUGGUCUGUAAUUCUCUUUCAAUACUGCAUCUUUUUCCGGCUUAGGAAUUAAGGUGAUGCUGGCUUCAUAGGAGGAAUUUGGGAGGACUCCCUCUUCUUCGAUUGUUCUGAAUAGUUUGAGAAGAAUUGGAGUUAGUUCUUCUUUAAAUGUCUGGUAGAAUUCAGCAGUGAAUUCAUCUGGUCCUGGGCUUUUCUUUGUUGGGAGGGCCUUUAUUACUGUUUCAAUUUCUGUCUCAGUUACGGGUCUAUUUAGGUUUUCUAUGUCUUCCUGGUUCAAUUUAGGUAGGUUACAUGUGUCCAGGAAUCUAUCCAUUUCUGAUAGGUUUCCCUGUUUGCUGGCAUACAAGUCCUUGUAGUAAUUUCUGAUGAUUCUUUUUAUUUCUGUGGUGUCUGUUGUUACAUUUCCUUUUUCAUCUCUGAUUUUAUUGAUUUGGGUCUUUUCUCUUCUUUUUUUAGUUAGUUGGGCCAAUGGGGUGUCAAUUUUGUUUAUUUUUUCAAAAAAACAGCUCCUCAUUUGGCUUUUUUGUAAUGUUGUUUUUUGGAUUUAAUCCUGUUUAUUUCUUCUCUGAUUUUAAUUAUUUCUCUUCUCCUACUAGAUUUGGGUCUGGUUUACUGCAGAUUUUCUAGAUCCUUGAGAUGUGCUGAAAGCUCAUUUAUUUGGUACCUUUCCAAUUUCUUGAUAUAGGCACCUAUUGAUAUAAACUUUCCUCUUAACAUUGAUUUUGCUGUAUCCCAUAAGUUUUGGUAUGUUGUGCUGUUAUCCUCAUUUACUUCCAGAAAAUUUUUGAUUUCUCUUUUAAUUUCUUCUAUGACCCAUUGUUCAUUCAGGAGAAUAUUGUUCAAUCUCCAUGUGUUUGCAUAUUCUCUAGGGAUUCCUGAGUUGCUAAUUUCCAACUUCAUUGCACUGUGGUCUGAGAAGCUGCAUGGUAUGAUUCUAAUUCUUUUGAAUUUGCUGAGACUUGCUUUAUGGACUAGUAUGUGGUCAAUCCUAGAGAAGGUUCCAUGCACUGCUGAGAAGAAUGUGAAGUCUGUAGAUGUAGGAUUGAAAGUUCUAAGAUUUCUGUUAGAUCCAUUUGGGCAAUAGUGUCAAUUAAAUCUGCUGUUUCCUUGUUGAUCUUCUGUCCGGAUGAUCUGUCUAUUUCUGAGAGUGGAGUAUUGAAGUCCCCCAGUACUAUUGUAUUGGAAUCUAAAUCUCCCUUUAAGUCCCUUAACAUAUCUUUUAAAUAGACCAGUGCCCUGUAAUUAGGUGCAUAUACGUUUAUAAUAGUUACAUCUUCCUGUUGAAUUGAACCCUUAGUCAUUAUAUAGUGUCCCUCUUUGUCUCUCUUAACAGUUUUUGUAUUAAAGUUUAUUUUGUCUGAUAUUAAUAUGGCUACACCUGCUUUUUUUUGGUUUCUGUUGGCAUGGGAUAUCUUUUUCCAACCUUUCACUUUCAGUCUGCACGCCUCUGUGUUAGAGAGAUGUGUUUCUUGUAGGCAACAAAUAGUUGGGUUGUGUUCUUUGAGCCAGUCAGCCAAACGGUGUCUUUUAACUGGAGACUUAAGUCCAUUACCAUUUAAUGUGACUAUUGAUACAUAGUGACUUUGCCCUGCCAUUUUCCCAGAAAUAUUUUCUAGUAUAUGCUUUGAGCUUCCCAUGUUCUUUUACUGGUAGGUGUUCUUCCUUUCCCUUCUUUCAUAUUGAUGGCCGUGUUUCUGUGUUUCUGAGUGUAGCACAUCUUUAAGUAUCUUUUGCAGGGCCGGACGAGUGGCCACAAAGUCUUUCAAUUUCUGUUUGCUAUGAAAGGUCUUUAUUUCACCUUCAUUCACAAAUGAGAGCUUGGCAGGAUAUAAUAUUCUGGGCUGGCAAUUUUUCUCUCUUAGCACCUGUGCUAUGUCUCGCCAUUCCCUCCUAGCCUGUAGUGUUUCUGAUGAGAAGUCUGCUGUGAGGCUGAUUGGAGAUCCUCUGAGAGUAAUCUGACGUUUCUCUCUUGCACAUUGUAGGAUCUUUUCUUUAUGUUUCACUGUGGUGAGUUUAAUUACCACGUGUCGUGGUGAGGAUCUCUUUUGGUCAUGUUUAUUGGGGGUUCUAUGAGCUUCCUGUACUAGGAUGUCUGUCCUUCUCCAAACUGGGAAAGUUCUCUGCUAGUAUCUCACUAAAAAGGCCUUCUAAUGCUUUCUCUCUCUCCAUGCCUUCAGGAACUCCUAGAACUCGAAUGUUGGUUUUUUAAUAGUAUCCUGUAGAUUCCCAACAAUAUUUUUUAGAUUUCUAAAUUCCUCUUCUUUUCUUUGGUUUGACUGUAUGUUUUCCUGUGCUCUAUCUUCUAAGUCCGAUAUUCUCUCUUCUGCUUCACCCAUUCUGUUUUUAACGCUUUCUAAUGUAUUUGUCAUUUGAUCUAUUGAGCUCUUCAUUUCAUUUUGAUUUCUCUUCACUAUCACACUUUCCUGUUCUACUAGUUUCUGAGUUUCUACUGAUUCAAUUUCAAUACUGGUUAUGGAUCUGCCUAGUUUUUUUUUUUUUUGUUUUCAUGGCUCAAUUUAGGUAGUUUUUAUAUCUAUAGGAAUCUAUCCUUUUCUUGUAGGUUUCCUGGUCUGUUGGCAUAGAGCUCUUUGUAGUAAUUUCUGAUCAUUUUUCUUACUUCUGUGGUGCCUGUUGUUACAUUUCCUUUUUUGUCUUUAACUUUAUUAAUUUGAUUCUUCUCCUUCCUUUUUUGAGUUAGUUGGGCCCAUGGCUUGUCUAUUUUGCUCAUUUUUUCAAAGAAUGAUCUUUUCAUUUUGCUGAUCUUUUGUAUUGUUUAUUUGAUUUCAAUUUUGUUAUUUCUUCUCCAAUUUUAAUCAUUUUUUCCCCUACUAGUUUUGGGUUUGUUUUGCUGUUAUUUUUCUGGGUCCUUGAGAUGCGUUGAUAGCUCAUUUUAUUUUGUACCUUUCUAAAUUUUUGAUGUAGGCACCAAUGGCUAUAAACUUUCCUCUUAACCCUGCUUUUCCUAUAUCCCAUAGGUUUUGAUAUGUUGUGUUAUCCUCAUUUGUUUCCAGAAAAUUUUUACUUCCCUUUUGAGUGUUUCACUGUUCACUGAGGAGCAUGUUGUUCAAUCUUCAUGUGUUUGUAUAUGUUCUUGAGUUUGCCAAGUUGUUGAUUUCCAACUUCAUUUGAUUGUGGUCAGAGAAGACACAUGGUAUGAUUUUGAUUUUUUUUAAUUUGUUGAGACUUUCUUUAUGGCUUAGCAUGUGGCCAAUUCCGGAGAAAGUUCCAUGUACUGGUGAAAAGAAUGUGUAUUCUGUGGCUUUAGAGUGGAGUGUUCUAUAGAUACCUAUUAAAUCCAUUUGUUCUAGAGUGUUAAUUAACUCUGCUGUUUCCUUGCUGGUUUUCUUUCUGGUGGAUCUCUCCAUUGCUAAAAGUGGGUAUUGAAGUCCCCCCCCCAUUACUAUUGUAUUGGAGACUCUGUCUCCCUUUAGAUCCAUUAACAUUUCUUUAGUUAGCUGGUACCCUGUAAUUAGGUGCAUAUACAAGUAGUCACUUUUUCCUGUUGAAUUGAUCCUUUGAUCAUUAUGUAGUAUCCUCCUUUGUCUUUUUAACUGUUUUUAUGUUAAAGUUUAUUUUGUCUAAUAUUAGGAUGGCCACACCAUCCUAAUACAGAAGUUUUCUGUUCUUAUUUCACUAAAAAGGCUUUCUAAUCUGUUUUCUUUUUCCAUGCCAUCAGGAAUUCAUACGUCCUGUAUGAUGGAUCAUUUGAUGGUAUCCUGGAGCUCUUCAACAGUAGUUUUUAGUUUUCUGAUUUCUUCUUCUUGCUUUUGGUCUGACUAUAAAAUUUUCAGGGAUUUGUCUUCUAGCUUAGAUAUUCUUUCUUCUGCCUCACCUACUCUGUUGUUAAGGCUUUUCACUAAAAUUUUUAUGUGAGCUAUUGAAUUCUUCAUUUCUUGUAUUUCAUUUUGAUUUCUCUUUAAAACCUCAAUUUCAUAUGAAAAAUUUUCAUUCAUAUAUAUUUUUCUUUAGUUCAUGAAUUUGCUUCUGAUUGCUUCUAUGUAAUCCAAUGAUUAAUUUUUUGAAUUCUGUUUCUGGCAUUUCCUUAAUCUCUUCAUCAUCAUUUUCUAAUAUUGACAUAUUGUGAUGUUCCUUUGGGGGUCUCAUAGUGUCAUCCUUAUUUUUGAUUUUUGCCUCUGUUCAAGGUAUUUGUAGACUUCUUUUCUCUCUGGUUAUAUCUGUGGUUUGUAGGCAUGCCAGAUACUCAAUUGCUUCAGCCCCACUUGCCACUCAAUUGUACUGGCUUGUAAAAGGCUCCCUUAUGCAGCUUUCCCCCUCUGCUCUCAUUACCAGAUAACCAGUUGUGUGCAACUGACAAUAAAGCUUGUGCAUCUACUCCCUGCCUGCGUCCAACACUGGUGUAGGCUCUCCCCCUGCUGGCCACAGGUCGCCACUGUAGCAGUGAUGACAGAGGGAAUAGAGAUGCAUGCCUCCCCUCCCCCCUUUUUUUCCUACCCAUGUGAGAUCUGCAUGGAAUUCGAGUAGAAGUUCAUUAAGCUUUCCCUCCCAAUGUUCUACCACUCUGAGGUCCCUAACGAGACUUCUCUGAGUUCCUGGGGGCUAGUGAUGUGUGUAACAUAUUCCUGGUGAACUACAACUGAGAGAUGAACUUGGUCUUUAGUCUUUGUCUCCUGCAGCAUCUGGGCUGAGGUACAUCUUGUGAUUCAAGAGCCAAGGGAGCACAUCAAAGAAAGCCUGUUUUGGGACAAGAAUUAGACCAAGAAAUAACAGGUAACAUUAUAUCAAAUGUCACUGAAAGAGGGUGAGAAUAAUAUAACCUGAGUCAGAAACUUAAAGAGACUCUGACUUAUGUUUGAUCUACCAUCCAACUCCUCAAGGGGCAACCUGAGCUGAGCAGUAAGGAUUGGGAGAGGAACUUACUCCACAGUGACUUGUGUACUUGGCCAGGGAGCUUCCUUGAUAGACCCAGAUUAGGUUUAUAGGGAGUGGAUGCACCACUUCCUGCAGAAUAAGAAUAUGACCAUGAGGCUCUGGUCUGAUGGAAGUAGUAGGACCUGAACACACUUCAGCAAGUUGGAGAAGAAGCUCUGCCUGCAGGACCAAUCCAAGGUAAUGAAUUUGUUUGUGGGUGCAAUAGGAAGAGACAGAGUGGAGUUCAUAAUAUCCUAGAGAUACUGGAGGAAAUGAUUUAUUGUUCUGGGACAAGCUGAUGAGCUGGCUAAGAGAAAAACCUUAGAAAAAAAACAAUGAGAGAGUACAAUUUGCCUCUGUAGACACUGACCAUUUAGCCCACUUUCUACAGUCAUCCUUUACAGAUGAUCCUCUUUUUGACUUGGGCCAGCAAUGACUUCUGUAAGGGUGAUAAUGCAUCAGCAUAGCAGUGAUACACCAGAAAUGAAAGUGUGUUUAUUCAAGAAAAGGUCACAAAUAAUGACUGAGUUUCUAUUUCUCAAAUUUUAGUUUCUGAUCCAACCGAAGAAGUGUCUAUUCUAAACUGUUACUGCUAUAAUGGUGUGCAUAAAACAUUUAUUAAUUUAUUUGAAAGUCAGAGUUACAAAACAAGAGGGAGAGACAGAGAGAUUUUUUCAACUGCUGGCUCAUUCCCCAGAUGAAUUCAACAGGCAAGGCCGGAUGAGGCAAAAGCCAGAAGCCAGGAGCUUCAUCCAGGCCUUUCAAAUGAGUUACAGGCAUCCACAUACUUGGGUCAUCCUUUCCUGCUUUCCUGGGCCAUUAAAAAUGUGUUGGAUUAAAAGUAAAGUAGCCAGUAUAUGAAACAAUGUUCAUAUGGAUGCAAACAUCACAGGUGGCAGUCUGGACCUGCUAUACCAAAAGAGUAUCCACAGCAUUAAGUGAAUAUAGCACUGUAAUCCAUAGAUGCUAAUAGAUUUCACAGGUAGCAUUACACCCUCUGAACAUCCAACAGGAUGCAGGUGAAAACAGACAGGAGACCUCAUGUAUAGAAAUCUGUGUAAGUACAUAUACAUGCUACAACCUGGAUAACCUUGAAAAUGUUACACAAAGUGAAAGAAGCCAGGUGCAAAGUGCCAAAUGUAUUAUUCUAUGCACCAGAAAUAUUCCAAAUGGGAUCUCCAGAGAGAACGUGGGGGAGUGGAUGCCAGGAAUUGUAAGAUAGAAAUGGAGAGUUUAUCAAAAUAUUCUAGAAUUGGGGAUAAUUGGAAAUUCUUUGCUAUAUAGCAAAUGUAUGCCUAACAGUGGUAGAUUUUAUGGUAGCUGAAUUUUACUUCAAUAGUAAUAGCAAUAAUGUGUCUUUUCAUGUCAUCAUGCCUCAGUUUCUUAUUUGUAUAAUAGCUACAUAUUUCUAAUGAUUAGAAAGGAAGAGGGGGAACCAGUGAGAGGGAGAUUUCCCAUCCCCUGUGUUACUAUACUAAUGCCUGCAACAGCUUGGCCUGGGCCAGCCUUACGAAUGAAGAACAGACUUUAAUUCAGGACCCCCACAUUGGUAGCAGUAUUUUCCAAUCUUCCUCCCAGGAAUCGGAAAAAGGAAGCUGAACUGUGAUGUUUGCCCUGCCAGUGACAUAGAGUAUGUCUUUACAAGCAGUAUCUUAAUCCUAGUGCCAAUUAUCACCCUCACUCUGCUCUUGUUCCCUGCAUCUUUAUCCAAUAGUGCAUCUCCAAUUAAUAGAGUGGCCAGAAUGUGGUGCUGACAAUCCAUUGUGACAAACCUCAGAUGAAAAUUUUGAAUUUGUGAAUGGCUUUUAGCAGAAAUGAGGUAGAGUCUCUGGAGCCCUCUGGUCUUCCAAAACCAUCAGAAUGGCAGUACCACUGAGCCCUUCAUCCGAUCCAGCCAAUAAAAAUAAUAUGAUUGCGUGUAACCAGGCAUUGCAUUGCCGACUAGCAGAGAACCAGCAGGAAAUACAAGAUCUGAAAGAGAUAGUUCGUCAUUUCAGCUUCAUCCUCCACCAAGAGGAAAACAAUUAUGGUGAGGGCCGAGAGGUGAUUCAAUCCAGGCUAAGGGAGAAGCCAGCACUUGGAACUCCACAGCUUGAGAAGCUGGCACCUGCCGAGUUCAAGAAAUGCCAUGUAAAUAAGGCACACACCCGCAAGUGGCACCGGCUACGUAAGAAGUCAAGAAAACAGACACAGAUUUGUCAUCUCAGCCUACAUCCCAGAGCCCUCCUCACCCAGCAUGACCCUGACAGCCACUACACACGGGGCUUGCUGGAGCCACUGGUUGUUCACGUCAGGCUGGAAAAGCAUCUUGUCUACAAAUGUAGCCUGGCAAAAGAAAUGAUGCAAAUGAAGGGUGGUUGCUGGGACUUAAUCUGCCCCAGGAUCAGUGGGUGCUUUCCACCUCAAGUAGAGCCUGAGUUGGUACCAGGGCUGGUCAUGGGUGAAUAUUGUUGGUGCAUCGUCAUGAAAGCCACGCUGGUUAUGCAGCAGCAUUAUCCUGGUGGUGGCUGGAUGAUAGUGCUGGAAGAGUACUCAUGGUGCACAAGGUUUGGAGUCUAUGGGAAUUCCCUUGAGGACAGAGUGCCACAUGAAGCCAAACCUGUAUUGUGUGAAAACCGAUCUCUAGCUGAAGGGCAUCGCAUCACAGCAUGCACACACCUUGCAGAUGCACCUUACAUGUGGCAUGCCUCCUGGGGGGACAAGCUGGAAAUACUGUCCCAGGCCUGGGCCAGGGUCCAGCAGCCCUUAGCCCAGCAGUCCAUCCACUGGAUAGAGGCCAUUGAGGGGUAUGAUACCUCCUCCCAAAAGGAUGAAGUGGUAUCUGCAGAAAGAGCUGAGCUUAUCCCCAGGGUGUGUGGAGAUCCACCCCCACUGGAAGGGCCAGAUACCAUCGUGCCCAUCCUCAAGGAAGAUGGAUCCUACCUGCUCUGUGGAUUUUGGGCUGAUGAGCCUGAAGCACCAGCCCAGGCCUGGUCUGAGACUGUGAAAUGUACAAUCCAGCAGCCCGUCUGCUGUGCUGAGGCCAUUGUGGUGGAAGACCUUUCCUACAAAAAGGAGGAAGGGGAGGUGGCAACUGCAGUCCAGACCGAGCCUAUCCCCAGGGUGUGUGGAGAUCCACCCCCACUGGAAAGGCCAGAUGUCAUCCUGCCUAUCCUGAAGGAUGACAGAUCCUACAUGCUCUGUGGAUAUUGGGCUGUUGAGUCUGGAACACCAGUGCAGGUUUCUGCUGAGCCUUGGCACCUUACAACCCAGCAGCCCAUCUGCUGUGCUGAGGCCAUUGUGGUGAAAGAUGCCACCUACCGAAAAGAGAAAGUCAUGUUGGCAACUGCUGAUUGGGCUGAGGCUACCUCCAGGGUGGGUGGAGAUCCACCACCACUGGAAAGGCCAGAUGCCAUUGUGCCCAUCCUCAAGGAUGAUGGAUCCUACAUGCUCUGUGCAUAUUGGGCUGAUGAGCCUGAAGCCCCAGUCCAGGCCUGGGCUGGGGCCCUGCACCCUACAGCCCAGCAGCCCAUCUGCUGUGCGGAGGCCAUUGUGGUUUCCCUCCUUGCAGUGGAAGAUGCCUCCAGCCAGAAGGAGAAAAUAGAGGUGGCAUCUGCAGAGCAGACUGCAGUGGAAGAGCCCUCAUCACAAGAGGAGGAAGGGAAGGUGGCACGUGCAGACCAGGCUGAGGCUAAUCAGAGGGUGUGUGGAGAUCCACCCCCACUGGAAGGGCCAGAUGCCAUUGUGCCUAUCCUCAAGGAUGACGGAUCCUACCUGCUCUGUGGAUACUGGGCUGAUGAGCCUGAAGCACCAGCCCAGGUCUGGGCUGAGGCCUGGCAUGCAAAAACCCAGCAGCCCAUCUGCUGUGCUGAGGCUUUUUGGGUGCUAAGAACUUCCUCUGGUGGAUACCAUGAAACCUGACUCUGUUCAUUCCAGGACCCCAUUUAUAUUAAAGUUUGGCUUUGUUAAUUA